AUGCGUAAAUUGUUAAAAAUUUAUUUGAACUCUUCGGAGAAAAAAAAAUUACCAUCAGCUAUUUUUAUUACAGCAAAUAUGAAACGAGUGUUAAGUGAUUAUACAAACUCUCAAACGUUAAAAAAAAUCAAGCAGCCUGAAGCCCUUCAAGAGUUAUAUCGUCUUAGGCCAGAAUUUAAUGGCAAGCCAGUUUAUUUUUUUUGUAAAAAAACGCUGUAUAUAGAGGGGCUUUUAGUUUAUGACAAACAGGAUAAAAUUUUUUAUGUUUUUGACAAAACAACCGGUGAAAAGUUUAAUUCUUUUGCUUCUUGGUUCAAGUUUCUUAAAAUUAAAAAGAUAUUUGGUGGUGAACGAUUAGCAUUAGCUACAAUUUUCUUUGAACCAAAUACUUCUGGUUUUAAUUUAUCUUCAAUAUUAAGAACUAAACCAAUUCCAUAUUGGAAAAAUUACAACUCAGCAACUAUAAUAGAAGUUACAUCGUUAAUCAAAAAAAAUAUAAAUUCAAAACAAGAGUUUUUUAGCAUAGGAUUAAAGGAAAUUAUUAAUGGAAUAGGCAUUAUAUUUUUUGGAAAAGGACAAAGGAUAGUGAAAAAUUUAAUUUUUAAAUGGCAGGGAAAUUUAAUUUCUUAUGAAUUAUACGUCUUAGAAAAAAAUAUCAAAGAAAUUGAUGGAGUAGCAACUAAAAUCGCAAUUGAAAGGACUCUUUCAGAAAUAGAAAAGAUAAUUAAUUACGUAUUAAAAGCAAAGAUAUGUACUGGACAAAUGACUGAAGAAAAUAAGAGUCAACCUGAUGAAGCAUAUAGAAGAAUAGACUGUUUAUUGUUAGUAAUUAAUAUAAAUAUAUGUAAAAACUGUCAAAAAUUAAAGAAUACAUUAAUAAAAAUCAAAAAUCGAAAUUCUAUGGGUACUUUACCUACUAAAGUUGCUCAUGCUUCUCAAGAAGUUUUAGCUAAAAAGAUUCAACUUCAAAGAAAGGUGGAAGAAGAAGAGGAGAAAAUAUCAAACGAGUUGGGUCAAAUAGCUAAAAAAGUAGCUUGUGAUGUUAUAAAAAAAAAAUUGACCUUUCUUCCUUUAAUCCAAUGUUUCGAGAAUUAA